UUGCACUCUAUCAGUCUAUCACACCCUAGAACAGUUUGGGAUUUUGACAUGUUAUAAGACUGUGUAAAUUUGCAUAUUACCAUUGACAUUGUUUAUAAAUUAUGUAUUGUCAUGCACUCGUGAGUAGUGACAUAAAUUUCGUUAACAACUCCACAGUUCGGUCUCGAGUAACCGCUUGUUAGAGCUUUGGAUGGUAAGGACGUACAAUAUAAUUAUUACUAUGGGAAACAUUAAGCAACCGCUAAGUUGCUAACACUUAGUGACUCUUGUUCGAUCACAAAUCGCAUAACGAUACAUGCAUUUAUAAUGAUGAAUGUUAUAUUGUCGUUACAAAACAGACGAACAUUUUUAACACUGCUACUCAGUAUAGCGACCGUUGUCAUUGUUUUGGUCCUUAUCAACUGUAAUAGCACAAGAUAUAGGUAUGGGCCAGGAAAGCAGCAAAAUUUUGGAGAAACAAAUGGUGGAAAAUGCUUACUGAAUUACUUCCAAGAUGUUCUCCUCCUCAUCGUCUACCACUAUCCAUUUUACUCUACAAUUCCCUUGGUGAAAUCAAAUUACGAAGGAGCGUUUCCACACAUAAUCGUUUGCGGCGCAGAAGACGAUAAAUCGGGUCGACAUGAAAUCAUGGUGGUCGACAUCAAUCCCCGCGGUUACCUUACUCACGAAUGCGUAGGUAAGGCUAUUCGCAUACACCCAGCCUUUCGUGGCUACCUGAUGGUUAAUGAUGACAUGCUUGUUAACUGGUGGAACUUUGCAAAAUUGAAUAAAGAUAAGAUUUGGCUUGGCUCUCGUGUGGAAUAUAAAAAUAGUUAUACUGUCGGCCAAAAGUCAAUCCCGGAUGACUGGUUUUGGAAGCUACCCGAAAAUGGCGCUAAAAGCUGUGAAAAGGCCUACAAAGAUUUACUAGAUUUGCGAAAAGACGUUACAUUUGGAAUGGAGGUAUCAAAAAUGCUAAAGAUUAAUUUCCACAACGGAAGAAACAAAACUUUGUGCUUCAGGACGUGGUCUGACUUUGUGUACAUUCCUGGAAAAUUAAGUUCCCAAUUUGAACUACUUUGCAGUAUAUUUUAUAAACACAAGGUUUUUCUGGAAAUUGCAUUUCCGACGAUAUUUAGUUUUCUCGCCCCCUGGGAUGAACUGGAAAACGUAUACGGCGUGUAUUUACCUGACAUUUAUGGUUUUGACGAUUUCACGUUACCUAAAAAGGUCUGGCCGCAAUACUCAGAAAACAUUCCUUUCCUUCAUCCAAUAAAAAUAUUUGGUCAACCCGGGCAAUUGAAUCGAAGAGAAAUAGAAAGACGAGUGAUACCAUAUGGAAGAAGAUUUCUGAACUGUACAAGCCGCGCAGUUCGUUAGUUUUCAUAUACACAAUUUAUUUGCUACGCCUGCACAGACAAAGCAUAAAUUAUUUCGCUUUUGAAGACCGUCACAGCUUCGUAUAGUUCGUACAUGAGCAGAUUUUCGAAGGCAGUUCUCUUUGCCGCUUCUCGAGAAAUACAUGCAUGCGAACAUAAAAAAUUGCGUUUAUAGGAAUUAUUG